UCUUGGGCAGUCUCUAUAGCUUGUUGGCGCUAUUGUCAUAUAGAGCCGUAGACGCAGAAGCUUAUCUUGUCAUGAGAGAUGAAGCAAGACCUGUGCACAUGAGAAAGAAACCUAUGGAGGUUGGUGCUGAGGCGUCGGUCUGGCUUUGUCCUGACUGUGAAAGGCCCGGAUUGCUAAGAGAGGCAACCGACACGUCGAAUGAGUCCAGAGCAGAGACUCUGAUGGAAGAGGAUCGGGAGAGAAAAAGGAAGAACUAGGCCACUUCAAAUAUAUGCCAGGGACAAUGGAAUCGAGAAGAGCAUCGAGUCGAC